AUGUAUGCCCAAGAUCGAAUAUGGAAAGCUAAUCAUAUAUCAACAGAUCAUCACAUUAGAAACGAAAGCGACCUUCCAAACUUCGUGAGCAUAGUGGCUGGUACUUCUACGAUAUAUUGCUGCCCCUCGAACGCUGUUCAGCCUGUUAUGGAUUCAAGAAGUGAAUUGCCAGGUGCACGAACGCUGAUCGAUCGCAGAACAAACCUCACACAUGUGGCGUCGAAGCAACUGUCGCAGCGCGACCCGACCAUCAGGCUUGUGGAUCUGGGAAUAGCAUCCUUGACUCAGGAAACCAUCGAUCUGCUGCUUCCCGUGGAAAGACUUUCGCUGCAGAAAAAUCAGCUUACAGGCCUGCCUGAGAGUUUCAGCAAGCUGAGUGAGUUGCGGUAUCUUGAUCUACACAACAACAAACUACAUGAGUUCCCGGCUAUUCUGCUACAAUGUCAGCGACUAGAGAUCCUGGAUCUAUCGUCAAACUUCAUCACAACCCUGCCACACGAGUUUCCACAAGUGUGGUGCGAUAACCUCAAAGUGCUGUCGCUUAAGAAUAACAACGUGGCGUCUAUUCGAGAACUGUAUCCCGCCGUAACGUCGUUGCGAAGCUUGAAAAUCUUGGAAAUCGAAGGCAACAAGAUCCCCACUGAAGAACUGGAGCUGGUAAAAAACGAAAUUCCACUUUCCUCGCUUCCAGACACCGUUUCGCCGGAGGAAUAUUGGUGUGUCGCAUUACGCAAACACUUCGCAGAGUCCAAGAUCAGCAAAGCUGCAAAAAGGCGUGGCUUCAUCAACGUUUCGGAAGAACAGCAUCGCCAGGAAGAGAUGUACAGUGAUAUCAAAUACAAUGAUUACUUCAAACGGUUAUCGAUAUUACCAGAGGAGACCACCUCUCAACGCGUAACGCAUGAUGAACUAUUGAUAGCGUGCCGAAAGCUACUGUUCUCUUUCACAGAGUGCCAACAAAGUAUACGCAAGAUAACAUCUUUUUGCGAGGAUAAAGCUGUCGCGGUCAAUUCUGUUUCGCUGCUUUAUAGUGUAAGAUCGCACAUCGACAAUCUCGUUGAACUCCUGGAGCAAAGCGAGAACCCCACUUCAGCGAAGAACGACGCAAUGGUGAAAUUAUGCCUGACUAUUAUCGCCAUCUUCAAGCAGAUAUUUGCCCUAUUGCGAAAGAACUUCAGAUCGUUUUUCCAAGGGAACGACAUCUGCUUUGCGAGAAUAUUUUACAUGAACAUACUUUGUUCCUUCAACGAAAUGUACAACGCAUGGAGUCAGAUUACGCCGAAAGAUACACACACACCCGUCAAAAACAGACUCACUAGGACACACUCUUUAAGCACAUCGCAGGGGUACAAGCAUAUAACACCACGAGCCAGAAGGAAUACUCUUCAGAGGUCCCUUACCGGUAACCCCAUGCAUCAAGCUACAUCGCCAAAAGUUCAGCCGGUAAGUCAUCGUUCCACACCCGCAUCAGUAUUGACGACACCACCUCCUUCCCAAAACAACAUAUCCACAGAUUUAAAAUCAACCAAUGAAGGUUCACCAAGGGUAAAAACCGACAUCUCUCAGCAUUCCCCACGCGUCGCAAGACGACCAGCUGACAUACCUGCUCAGAGUGGGACGCCAAUAGCUCAGAGCUCGAGCGCAACAAAUUCCACAGCAGAAGAACUGGUUGAUGCAGAUAUAGACACGCAACUAUAUCACACGUUGAAAACUGUCAUAUCGAUGGUCAACGUGGUAUAUGCCCAGUUGACUUCAUCCAUAACGAAAAGCGCUAUUGCCAGCACAAAAACGGCUGAGCUCUCCAAUAUUACAAGCACUAUAGCGGCUAAAAUCAAGGAUUUGACCGACAUCUGCUAUCAAUCGAUGGAGCUAUCAAAAGUACUAAAGGAUAGGUUAAUACUCAUAACUGGCAGCAAGGCGGAUAGUUUCGCAACCGCCAUUGAGAAAGCAGAAACUUGGGAGAACAUCAAUGCAUUCCUGAAGUCCAUUAUUUCUAUCUUAGCAAACACGAAAAUCAUAAUGAAAGAUUUGCCCAUCUUAAAUGAAGUUAGACCAAACCUAGCCUCUCUAGCGAAGAUCACGAAGGAUGUGACCGUCAUUUUAGACUUGAGCUCUUAUAGGAACAUUUCGCAAGCCGCUCAACAACAGCAAAUUCAAGAACUUUCAGUUACUAGGCAGCAACAACAGCAGCCAAUACAGUCUCAGCCGGUAGUGCCCAUAGAAGAGACCCAACCACCGGUAUUGGUAACACCGCUCUCUACUCCCUCGCUGGUGACGGUACAUGCAUCGAAUCCGUUCGAUCAAUUUUGA